AUGUCUUCUGAAAUCACUGAGAAAAACAAUACUGUGGUCCACACAAAGUCUGACGACGACUCGACCAAAGACAAAACUUUAAUCACUACCGCUUUCUCCAACAAUGAGGAUGUUUACGAUACUGAGGGUGAACAAAAACUCAAAGGACGCAAGCCUUUCUACGGAGGUAAAGAUCACGUUUUCCGUGACCCUGAAGUUGCCGACCACUACCGCCAGAUAUACGACAAAGCCACCUACGAAGGCCGCUUCCAUUUUGAUCCUGACUUUGAAUGGACUCCAAAGCAAGAAACAAAACUCUUGUGGAAAAUUGAACUCCGUGCUUGUUUAUGGGCUUGUGCCAUGUUUAUGGCUCUGCAGCUAGACCGUGGUAACAUUGGCCAGGCAUUGUCCGAUAACAUGCUUAAGGAUCUCAAUCUAACCACCAACGACUAUAAUACUGGUCAAACUAUUUUCCGUGUUUGUUUCUUGGCUGCUGAACUCCCUUCACAACUUGUUUCUAAAAAAAUUGGUCCUGAUCGCUGGAUUCCUACUCAAAUCACCAUUUGGUCCAUUGUCGCCAUGUGUCAGUCCCGACUUUCCGGUAAGGGUUCCUUUUACGCCACUCGUGCUCUUCUUGGUCUUCUCGAAGGUGGUUUUAUUGCUGAUACUGUUUCUUGGUUGUCUUAUUUUUAUACCGGCUAUGAACUUCCCAUUCGCCUCAGUUUUUUCUGGACCACUUUAACUUUGACCGAUAUCUGCGCCUCACUUCUUGCCUUUGGUGUCCUCCGCAUGCGUGGUAUUCUUGGUUGGGCCGGUUGGAGAUGGCUUUUUCUUUUGGAAGGUAUCUUUACCCUCAUUAUUGGUCUUCUUUCCUUCAUUCAACUUCCUCCCUCACCUGUUCAAACUAAAACUUGGUUCAGACCUAAGGGCUGGUUUACUGAAUUUGAGGAAAAGCUUAUUGUUAAUCGUGUACUUAGAGAUGAUCCUUCCAAGGGAGAUAUGCACAAUCGUCAAGCUGUCACUGUGAAGCAGCUUUGGGAAUCUCUUUGUGAUUACGAUCUUUGGCCCCUUUAUUUUAUUGGUCUCGUGUCCUAUAUCCCUACUUCAACAGUGUCUGCAUAUUUGACCCUUACGCUUAAACAGCUUGGUUUCUCUACUUUCAACACUAACUUGCUUACCAUUCCUCCUAACGCUGUCCACAUUGUUCUUUUGCUUGCCCAAACAUGGUUAACUGAACGAAUUAAUGAAAGAACCCUUACCAGUACUCUCCAGCCACUUUGGAUUAUUCCUUGUAUUGGUACCCUUGCCUUUUGGUCUAAAUCACUCUCUGAUGUCUGGGGUACUUAUGCACUCUUAGUUGUUCUUCUUUCAGGCCCUUAUAUUCACGCAAUUCUUGUUGGCUGGUGCUCUCGUAAUUCCAAUACUGUCCGCACCCGUACUGUGUCUGCUGCUGUGUAUAACAUGUUUGUGCAAGCUGGUAGUAUCAUUGCUGCCAAUAUCUACCGCAAGGAUGACUCUCCCAAGUAUAGAAGAGGUAACCGUGUGCUUUUCGGCAUCGGCUUUGUUUCGCUCGCCAUUCUCAUUGGAACCAAGAUUUACUAUGUUUGGAGAAACAAGAGCCGUGAUAAAAUUUGGAAUGCCAUGACUUUGGAGCAGCAGCAUGAGUACCGCCAAAAUACUACCGAUAAGGGUAACAAGAGAUUGGACUUUAGAUUUGCCCACUAA